AUGUUGGCUUACCAACCCUGCCCGCCAACUGCAGGAGUGCUGUGCCUACCAGACAGCCUGAACCUUCACAGGGACCCGCAGCGGUCAAACAAGCCGGGGGACCUGCCCAUGUUCAGCCAGUCGGAGUUGAGGACCAUCGAGCAGUCCUUGCUGGCCACCCGCGUGGGCAGCAUUGCAGAACUGAGUGACCUGGUGUCCCGAGCAAUGCAUCACCUGCAGCCCCUCAAUGCCAAGCACCACGGCAACGGCACCCCCCUGCACCACAAGCAGGGGGCGCUCUACUGGGAGCCGGAGGCCCUGUACACCCUUUGCUAUUUCAUGCACUGCCCGCAAAUGGAAUGGGAAAAUCCCAACGUGGAGCCUUCCAAAGUCAACCUCCAGGUGGAAAGACCCUUCCUCGUGCUGCCGCCGCUGAUGGAGUGGAUCCGGGUGGCCGUGGCGCACGCCGGCCAUCGCCGCAGCUUCUCCAUGGACAGCGACGACGUCCGCCAGGCGGCCCGGCUGCUUCUGCCCGGCGUGGACUGCGAGCCGCGCCAGCUCAGGGCCGACGACUGCUUUUGUGCUUCUCGGAAGCUGGAUGCAGUGGCCAUCGAAGCCAAGUUUAAGCAGGACCUGGGUUUCCGGAUGCUGAACUGUGGGCGAACGGACCUGGUGAAGCAGGCAGUGUCUCUCCUGGGGCCCGAUGGGAUCAACACCAUGAGCGAACAGGUUGUCAGUACUCCUCAUAAAUAUCCAUCCGUCCACCCCGAGACCCGCCAUUGGACGGCUCUGACUUUUGCUGUGUUGCAUGGACAUAUUCCUGUAGUUCAGCUGCUCCUGGACGCCGGGGCCAAGGUGGAAGGCUCCGUGGAGCAUGGUGAGGAGAACUACUCGGAAACACCCCUCCAGCUGGCCGCCGCCGUAGGAAAUUUUGAGCUGGUUAGUUUGCUGUUGGAGCGUGGCGCGGAUCCCCUGAUAGGAACCAUGUACAGGAAUGGAAUUUCUACCACCCCCCAGGGUGAUAUGAACUCUUUCAGCCAGGCUGCAGCCCACGGACACAGGAAUGUGUUCCGCAAACUGCUCGCUCAGCCAGAGAAGGAGAAGAGUGAUAUCCUGUCCCUGGAGGAGAUUCUGGCUGAGGGGACUGACCUGGCGGAGACAGCCCCGCCUCCCCUGUGUGCCAGCCGCAACAGCAAGGCCAAACUGAGAGCCCUGAGGGAGGCCAUGUAUCACAGCGCUGAGCAUGGCUACGUGGAUGUCACAAUUGAUAUCAGGAGCAUAGGGGUCCCGUGGACACUGCACACGUGGCUAGAGUCUUUGCGGAUCGCCUUCCAGCAACACCGCAGGCCUCUCAUCCAGUGCCUGUUGAAGGAGUUCAAGACCAUUCAGGAGGAAGAGUACACAGAGGAGCUCAUUACCCAAGGCCUGCCCCUGAUGUUUGAGAUCUUGAAAGCAAGCAAGAACGAAGUCAUCAGCCAGCAGCUGUGCGUCAUCUUCACCCACUGCUAUGGGCCCUACCCCAUCCCCAAGCUCACGGAGAUCAAGCGCAAACAGACCUCGCGCCUGGAUCCUCAUUUCCUUAACAAUAAAGAAAUGUCCGAUGUUACCUUUCUGGUAGAAGGAAGACCGUUUUACGCUCACAAAGUGCUGUUAUUCACGGCCUCUCCCAGGUUCAAAGCGCUUCUGUCCAACAAACCAACAAAUGACAGCACCUGCAUAGAGAUCGGUUACGUGAAGUACCCCAUCUUUCAGGUGAGCCCCCCCCCCCGUCCCCCCGUGGCCUGGAACAUCAUGCUGGUGGGCACAGGGCACGGGCCUUCCCUGCAGACAUCCACCUGUGGUUUGGCUACUGUAGAGUCAUCAGUCCCCUGACUCUGGGCCCCUUCUCCCACCCCUUCCAGUUUACCAUCAUUUUAUCCC